GAGGCGCUGGGCCCAGCGCUCCCGCUCGCUCCGGGCGGCCCCGGCGGCCUCGGCGGCCUCAGCGUCCCCCGUUCCCUCCGCGCCCACCCCCGGGGGCGGCACGAACCCGCCGGGAAGAUGUCCCGGCCCGUCAGGAACAGGAAGGUGGUCGAUUACUCCCAGUUUCAGGAAUCAGAUGAUGCUGAUGAAGAUUAUGGAAGAGAUUCAGGUCCCCCCUCCAAGAAAAUCCGCUCGUCUCCCCGAGAGGCCAAAAAUAAGAGGAGAUCUGGGAAGAAUUCUCAGGAGGACAGUGAGGAUUCAGAAGACAAAGAUGUGAAGACUAAGAAAGAUGAUUCACACUCAGCAGAUGAAGAUUUUGGCAGCGAAGAUGAUGAUAUAGGAGCAGACGAUGGCAAAGCUGACAGUGACUAUGAGAGCUCUCAAAAAAGCAAAAAAGGAAAAAAGGCUAAACCAGACAAGAACAAGAGAGCAGCCUCCAAAUCCAGGAAAAGGCCUGCAGAGGACAGCGAGGAUGAGAAGGAGGAUCACAAAAACGUCCGUCAGCAGCGACAGGCAGCGUCCAAAGCAGCUUCGAAACAGCGGGAGAUGCUCAUGGAUGACGUGGGGAGUGAGGAGGAAGAGCAAGAGGAUGAUGAGGCCCAGUUCCAGGAGACAGAUUCAGGAAGUGAUGAAGACUUCCUCAUGGAAGAUGAUGAUGACAGUGAUUAUGGCAGUUCAAAAAAGAAGAAUAAGAAGGUCUCCAAGAAAUCCAAGCCAGAGAGGAAAGAAAAGAAAAUGCCCAAGCCCAGGCUAAAGGCUACAGUGACCCCCAGUCCAGUGAAAGGCAAAGGGAAGGGAGGUCGUCCCACAGCCUCCAAGGCAACGAAAGAAAAGACCCCAUCCCCCAAAGAAGAGGAUGAAGAGCCUGAAAGCCCCCCAGAAAAGAAAAAAUCAGCCAGCCCUCCACCAGAGAAGUCAGGGGAUGAGGGAUCUGAAGACGAAGCACCCUCUGGUGAAGAUUAAAAAAUGGCAGUUGAGGAAAUCUUUGGUUAAAAAAAAAAAGAGAAAAAAAAAAAAGAAAAAGGAAAAGAAAAACAUACUUAGGGG